UCAAUUUGGCUUCACCAACUCAGAAGAGAAACAUUAAAAGAAAAAGGUCGACCAAUAAUAAAACCCUUAAACCCAAACAGAUAUUUGGGCAAAAAAAAAAAAAAAAAUUAAUUCCGAUAUGGAAUACCAGCAGCCCCACGGCUACAUGAGACCACCGCCUCCACCCCCACCGCCGCCGCAGCAGCAGCCUCCGUCCGCGACGGAUCCCUAUCCAAGACCACCACCUCCACUCCCUCCGCCACCUUCCAACCACCCCUGGCCUUACUCCGCUACUCAAUUUCAGUAUCAACCUCAAACUCAACACUCCCCAUCUCCUCCUCCGCCGCAGUGGCCGCCGCCGCCCCCGCCGCCACCUAACUCCUCCGACAACGCUCAGUAUCACCAGUAUCCUCUUCCUCCUCCCCCUCCUCCUCCUUAUUCCGCGCAUCAGCCCCCACCUUACCCUACGCACUCUCACUACCCACCCCCACACCCGUAUCCGCCAAGACCGCCUCAUGUUGCCCAAUCUUAUUCGCAGGAUUGGGGGAAUGGCAGCUGGAGUCAACACCAGAGUUGGCAGUACCCAACAAAUAACAAUGAAGAAGAUUGGGCAGCAAAAGCUAGAGCAUGGGCUGCUGGAAAAGCUGUUACAGACAAUCAACACACUUCGUCACAGUUUGUAGCAGCCGGAAGACCAGAAGAGCAGAAUCAUUUCCGUGAUCAAUAUUCUCAAUCAGUUGAUCCUCAGUUAUCAAAUUAUCAACAGUACCCAGGUACAGCAGGCCCCUUAAACAGGUCAGGGUUAGGUCAGUCGCAUGAUUCACAGUACAUCAGCACUGGACAAUCAGCUUAUGCUCCAGACUCGCAUGUGCCGUUUGCUGCUAGAGAUGGAAGCCUAACUGGAGAUUCAAAUGCACCAUACCUGCAGCAAGAGAAAUCAUCUAUAAGUCCAUUAGUCCAUCAGCAGGAGGUACCUUCUAGUUAUUCUUCUGUUGCAGGUAAUGAGGAGGCUGGAGAUAGAUAUGGAGGAUUCAAUAGCUCCUCAUCUCUCUUACAGCACCAUGUGCAGACGCUGCCACCUUCAGUGGACAGAUCGCGAUGGAUGGAGCAGCAUCAUCAUUUAGUUGGUAAUCAGCCAGCUGAGACUCCAACCGAUCUAAGCAAUCAGCCUCUCACUUUUGCACCACAUUUUAACCGUGACUUGGACCCUCAUAUACAACCCAGCUAUGCUCAUUCUUCAGGAGGUCCUGUAAGAGGUGGGGAUCCUACAGUAGCUACAUCUUCGAACUAUUCAUGGGCUCCCUCAUCUGCAACAGGGGUCAUUUAUCCUUCAGUACCUCCAACAAUUCCACCAGGGCCACAGGUUGAUCAUCCAAUAGCUAUGUCUUCUCCAGCUUCUGGACAUUCGGCUCCAAUGUUUCCUACUGGACCUGGUUUCCAACCAACUGUCCCAAUGAUGGGUGCUGCUUUUGGUGUUGGCCCAGGUGUAACACCUCAUCCUAUGGCUUUUUCUGGAGAAGCUUAUGGUGUUAUGGAGCGUCCUAAAAAGGCAUCGGUACCUAAUUGGCUCAGAGAGGAAAUAAUUAAGAACAAAACUGUUAUCACAAGUUCUGCCCAUGAGAUUCCGAAAGAGGAUUCCCAGCCCAUUGAAGAAGAUAUUAAUGAUAAGUAUUCUAGGAAGGGAGAUCAAGCAGAUACCAAAAGCAUUGAUUCUUCUAGAUCAAUGGAAGAUGAGGAUGAGGAUGAGGACGAGGUGGAAGCUGCUCGAACUGCAGCUAUCAACCAGGAGAUAAAGCGCGUGCUGACUGAAGUCCUUUUGAAGGUUACUGAUGAACUUUUUGAUGAAAUAGCAACCAAAGUUCUGAACGAAGAUGAUCACUCCAUUGAAGGUUCAGUUGGCCAUGCCUUGUCAAACCACCAACAAUUACCAUCUGCUCCUCCUGUUUUGACUCCCAAGGCCUCUGCAAAGGUUCUGAUUCCAAGCAAAAUUAAAGAAAUUGGUUAUGAGGAUACUAGUGUAUCUACCUCUGGCACCCCUGGAAAUGUACUAGGUCUGGCUAGUUAUGGCACAGAUGAGGAAGAUGAGGAGAUACAGAGUUCAGGUAAACUGAAUACGAAAGGAAGACCAUCGAAUCAGCAAUCGUCCUCAAGCAAGCAUUUUGAAGGUAAUCUUGUCACUGAGAACGGUGGUUCCAGGGAAGAAACAGAAGAAAAAGGAAAUGCUCCUGCAAAAUUGUUGACCGAUGGCACUCCUGAUCGUAGUGUUGCGAAUCCAGAGUUCAAUGAUAAUAAGGCAGCUAGAGAGUUAGCAUCCAGUGAUGAUCGGCGUUCCUCUGAGAGACUGUCUGGUAGUGCAGAAGAUGAGUUGCAACAUGGUUCUGACAUUUCCAAGAUAAAAAAAUCUUUCACUGAAAAGGCUUCUCAAAGAAACACCAGACCAGAUGGAAAUCUGGAUGCCAGAAGUUUAGUUAAUGAUGAUUCCCAAAUCCAAACUAGUGGGAUUAGAUAUGAUAAGAAUGAUAGACAUGAAAACAAAAAGAGCUCGGUUAAGAAAGACCGCAAGGAUUCAGAAAGUUCCAGAGAAAGAAUUGACAAGAAGGAAGACGUAGAGCAUGGAAGGCAUGCUAGAACUGAAAGGAUUGACUAUCAUGAUAUAUCAAAAGAUAAAGAGAAAGAGAAGGGUAGGGUUGAUGAAAAAGUAAAGAAUACCGAAUCAAGGAAACGACCAUCUCCUUCUUCCGGCAAGGAAGGAACAACUGAAACACAAAGAGACAGUAGAACUAGUGGUAGAAAAGAUAACGAUGAGAAAAGACAUGAUAGAACAGGGGAUGAGAAAAGACAUGAUAGAACAGGGGAUGAUAAAAGACAUGGUAGAACAGGGGAUGAGAAAAAAGACCGAUCCAGACAUAAAAGCGGAGGUGAAUCUAGCCGACAUAAACGACAUCGUUCGUCUUCAGUUGGUGACAGGGGUAGAGAGAGCAAGGAUCGCUCGGUGGUUAGUCGUGCAAAUCAUUCUAGCGAUGAGUCGUCAGACGAUUCUAAAAGAAAAUCACAUCACUCGAAAAGACGCAAGUCUCCGUCACCCAUCAGAUCAAGAAAAAGACAAGUUUCGCGGUCUCCUCAUAGCAAGCACUCUAAGCGCAGGCAUUCUCCUUAUUCUUCUCUUGAGACCACCAGGGGAAAAAGAUCACUAUCAAGGUCGAGAUCACCCGUACAUCGGCGGCGAAAGUAGGAAAAGAAUGCUGUGGAGCAAUUCAAACUAUGGGAGAAACGGACAUAUUUGCUCGAGAUUUUAUGGUACAGUUUCUUUACUGUAAAAGUUAAGUUUUGUUUGUUCAUCUAUAAGGUUUGUUAUUAUGGCAGUCCUGAUUUUGUCGAUCAGAUGUUUAUCAAUGGCAGAGGUGUUCUAAGUUGUAGUUCGUUUCGGUUUUAAUAUUCGGUUAUGACAGUUGAUGAGUUUCAGCAUUUGAAGAAGAAACAUUCACUUUCUUGGAUGUUUUCUUCACUUUUUUCAUACAAAAUAACGCCCCUUAGUUUGACUGAGUUUGUUAUCCUUCGAUUUGGUUGGUAAGAUCGAUUGGGUUUCGGUUAGCAUAUUGGUUCGAGAUUUUUUUAUUAUACAAUCCUUGCAUUGUGUUAAUAGUUGUACUCUAUUGUAUUGUUUAUAGGGCAAUUUGCUAAACAGUAUAGAAACCUAAUUUUGUAUUAGAUCAGGACACCCAUAUUUUCUCAAUUUGGUGAU